UUCCCCGAGUCUCUAUGGUAGCGUCAGCGUCGGAGGCGGCAGUGACGGUGGCGUUUCCUUGAGGAAGAGUGAAGGUUCCAACUUUUCUGCUGGUCUGUGAGGUGUUGGGCGCGGAUAGUCGAGAUGUCAGAGAAAAAGCAGCCGGUAGACUUAGGUCUCUUAGAGGAAGACGACGAGUUUGAAGAGUUCCCUGCUGAAGACUGGGCUGGCUUAGAUGAAGAUGAAGAUGCACAUGUCUGGGAGGAUAAUUGGGAUGAUGACAAUGUAGAGGAUGACUUCUCUAAUCAGUUACGGGCUGGGUACAGUGAACUGGAGGAAUAGAGGGGAGAAUUGCCAAUACUCAGGAGUCAGGCUUCACAUUGGUCAUGCAGCUAAUAAGAAAGAAGGCAAAGUUACCAAGCCCCUUGCCAUAUGAGAGCUUCCAUCAACUUUGGCAGAAGAUAGAAAGGAAAAUACUACUAUUUAGAAACUGCCACUGCUAUUUCUUGACUUCUCCUGAAUCGACUACUGUUUUCCCCUCAGUGAUUCAAAUACAAGAGAAAUUUUUCUCAUCAUUCUGUGUCUCAAAGCUCUGAAAUAAGGCAUCUUUUCCUGUCUUUUAUUUGAUUUAAGGCCAGCUUCAAACAUUUAUUGAACUGAUUAGCACAUUAGUUUUAUUUUUUUUUCCAUGUCCUUUUAUGUUCUGGUGAGUUUAUUAGGUGAGGCCAGUUUCCUUCAGAGAAUUUAAUCCAAAGGCCUUUACUAGAAGGCUGGCAUGUUUCCUUUUCUCAUAAAGAUAAGGAAACAUCAACAGGCAUAACACAUAGCAGAAUGUCUAGCCUAAGUUAUGGAAAAGACUCCAUGCCAUACUUCCUGGUGAGGUUGACUUCACACUUACUGGCUUACUUCUCCCGAUACUUGGUUUACAAGUGAGACAAGUAAUCCCCUCUGAGGGUAACUGGUCAUGUUUCUUUGUUUACUCUGGGGGUCAUUUUGCCACUAACAGCUACACUGGCUCUAUGCAGAACUUCAAACCUGAGGCUGUCUACCUGAGCUAUAGGGAAGAAGAAGCUACAGAGUUCCCUUUAAUAAGACAUCAGCAAUACAUUUAGCUGCCAGGGAAGAUGGGUCAUAUUUAGGAAUACAUGGAGAAUCUGUUUUAAAAGAGAGAGAAUCCAAAUGUAUUGUACUCUUAAUUAGAGGUCCGUAAACUCCAAAUGCAUUUGCUAAUAUAAUUUCUCAUGCUUUUUAUUUCAAUAAUGUAUGUAUUCGGUAAUGUCUGAUAAAUACUUGCACUUCA